AUGGAUGUUGAAAUUGGUUUAAUUUCUAAUAAAAUUGAGGAGAAAAAGAAAGAUGCCAAAAUUAGUGCUAAACCUGGAGAGUUGUCCAAUUCUUUCAAGGAGUUGGGAGGUGAGACAAAUGACAAUAUUAAGGUUUGAUUUUCUGUUUAUUUUUACCUGAAAGUAGGGGUUCUCC